AUGACCAACCCUGCUGUCGAAUCAAACCCUGCAAGGGCCAACCCCGACCACGGCAAGUGCCCUCAUAAGGAGUACCAAUACCUUGACCUCAUCUCGCGUAUCAUCUCCACUGGCGAGACCCGUCCCGACCGUACCGGCACUGGUACCGUCGCCCUCUUUGCCCCUCCCUCCCUCCGCUUCUCCCUCGCCAACAACACUCUUCCCCUUCUUACCACCAAACGCGUCUUUCACCGUGGUGUGAUUGCCGAGCUGCUGUGGUUUGUCUCGGGCUGUACCGACGCGAAGGUGCUCCAGGACCAGGACAUCCACAUCUGGGAUGGCAAUGGCAGCAAAGAAUUCUUGGAGAAGAUCGGACUUGGGCACAGGAGAGAGGGUGAUCUCGGGCCGGUGUACGGUUUCCAAUGGAGACAUUUCGGCGCCGCGUACGAGGAUGCGGAUGGAGACUACUCCGGGAAGGGUGUCGACCAGUUGCAGGAAGUGAUUCACAAGAUCAAGCACAAUCCUACCGAUAGGCGCAUAGUCUUGUCUGCUUGGAACCCGAAAGACCUCCCACUCAUGGCCCUCCCUCCCUGUCACAUGUUUUGCCAAUUCUUCGUCUCCCUCCCACCGGCAGACUCGCCGGGAUCCAAGCCCAAGCUGUCGUGCUUGAUGUACCAGCGCUCCUGUGACCUCGGUCUCGGCGUACCCUUCAAUAUUGCCUCCUAUGCCCUCCUCACGCAUAUGAUCGCAUUGAUCACCGACACCGAGCCUCACGAGUUCAUCCUGCAGAUGGGAGACGCGCAUGUCUACAGGGAUCACAUUGAACCUCUUCAAGAGCAACUUGUGAGGGAACCGAGAGCAUUCCCCAAGAUCAAGUGGGCGAGGAGCAAGGAGGAGAUUGGAGAUAUCGACGGGUUCAAGGUAGAAGACUUUGUCAUUGAGGACUACAAGCCUCUCAAGUCUAUCCAGAUGAAGAUGUCGGCUUGA